UUAUUGUAUUCAAGGACUUCCAGCAAAACUAAAAUUGGUCAGAAAUUCAACAUAACUAGGGAUAGUUAAAUAACACAACAGCGGAAAAUAUAGGAAUUAUCUGGAAGAAUACAGAGGAAGACCUUUUGAAAAUAUUUUGAAGCUUUUGAUUUUUGCCCCAACGAUGAAAUCGUCCAAGAGAGGAAAAAAAGCAGAAACCAAGAAAAUUGGAGUCAAUAAUAGUAAUACCCAUCUUGCCACCCUCCAUGAGCGCCUCUAUCAUGGAUUAAAUCUUGGAUUCAGCAGGUAUCAUGGUAGUAAAGAAAAGGAAUGGCAGUCCAAUGACGUUGAGAUACAAAGGCUGGUAAUUAGAUCAAUGUCGGCUUUUCUAGAUGCUAUUGUGCCAGACAAAUGGCAAAUGCCUAUUGUGAAGGAUUCCAUUCCAGACAUGUUCAGAGCAAUAGGAGGUAUUCUUCAAUCUCCAAAUGAAGCUGUGCUACCAAUGGGAUUAGAAGUUGCAGUUAAGUUGAUCAGCAUAGUGCCUAUGUCGAUGUUGCAACCUCACUUGAACUAUCUUAGCCAUUCCUUUUCACCGUUGUUGUCCAAUCAUCAAACUCAAGUUGCUAUUAUGAGCGCAACUGCACUACAUUUGAUUGUUUCAAAGUUAAGUAUCACGAAAGAGAAAAAAGUGUGGGAAGUUCUAGAGAAAUAUGAUGUACUUGGUCAAUUAAUUGACAAUUUGAAGGCUUUUUCUGAUAAGGUUAAGCCGAUAGAUUAUUUUCAAGAAAUGGCUUCACUUUUGAGUUCAAUAAUGCACCUAUGGCCCUCCACAAGAUAUCCUGUUUGGAGCGAUGUCAAACUGAUGGAAGUUGUGGAGUUCAUCUCCAGCAGACCAGAAGCUACUGUCAAAGUUGCAGUUUUGAGGUUGUAUUCUACUUUAGCACUAUGUGCUAAUGGAGCACAAAAGCUUAUGGAGAAUGGGAAGGUUCUCAUACAAACAAUUGUGCAGUGUUUGGGCAAUUCACAGCCAUAUUCUGUUCGAAUUUUAGCAUUCAAGGUUGCACAAAAUUUAAUGGCUACAGAGAAGUUGUGCUCAGAAGUGUUGAAAUUUUCUUGUGAAUCUAUAAUCAAGUCAAUUAUAUGUGCAUUGACUGAUUCGGGUGUUGGUCAUAGAGAAAGAGAACUUUUGAAUCAGGACAUAUCUUUGAUGGUGGAAGCUUGUCGUUUGGCACUGAUUAGUCGGUGGCAAGGAAAGCAUCAUGACUAUCUAUGGAGGUUUGGAGUUGAUAAGGUCCUUGUCCAUCUUAUGAUGAACAAUUGGCAGAGCCAUUAUCUACUGCAACAUUCAAUGCCCAUUGAAGAGCUUAUAGCUAUAGCUAGAGAGGGUUUAUGUGGUAAAAACCUGCUGGAAUUACGACCAUAUGUAUGGGAAAUUAUUGGAUUACUUUCAGCUCAAUGUGGGGAAGGUUUUUCUCCUACAAAGCAUGAGAAUGAGCAUUCUAUCAGUCUCCUUGUUGCUACUGCAUGCCUGGCUUUCGUAGACUCAAUAGGAAGAGAACGCAUGCUUUGCCAGGCUGACCGAACAUAUUCAUUUCGGAGUGUUUCAGCAACAAAAGCCACCUUGAUGAUGUUAUUUUCACCUUGCCCAUACAUUGCAUCACAAGCCAGGUUGAUUCUUUCAGAAGCUCUCAGAAUUGAGGGUGAGGAACAUCUAAAGCACCUUUUGCAUGCUCUGAAUUUCAUUUUUUCGGGGGAUAUCGCAAGGAUGCUUGAUAGGUUUCAAUUGUUAACUGGCUUGAUUAGUUUGGCUAUAUAUUCUGGAUUGCCUCAAUUUUACCGGAAGGUUGUCAAAUAUGGUGGGGUCAAAACUUUACUGGCUUUCCUGAGAUGCUGGUUGGACAAUGCUUCUCAUUUCGACAAGGUCUGCAUAUCCUGUUAUUUAAGAGUCACAGCCAUGGAACGAUCUUGUUGCAGACACGAUGUAGAAGAUUGGGAAGGCAAGGAAAUUCUUUUGCUUAUGGCUUUUUGGAGUUUAGCUGCAUUGAUGAACUCUUAUGAUUCAGAAGGGCUUGAGUUGGAUAUUUUUGUAAGGGAAACAACUUACAGUAAAGACCAAUUUAUCCAGGAUAUCCAAAAGAUAUCAUUAGGUACUACCUCAAGUGGAGUAAAGUGGUAUUGUUCAUAUGUUCUUAGCUUUUUUGGAUUCUAUGGUUUCCCCAAUAAACUAGGUACACGAAUUGCGUCAAUUUGUGAGAAAGAGCAUGGCGAUAUGCAUCUUGUCCUUCGAAAUGGACCAUCUAUAAGUGUUCACCGUGUCAUUCUUCGGAUACGGUGUCCAUCCCUGCUUCUACCUGGAGGUCUUUCGAAUGAAGAGAAAAUGUAUAGGUCCAAUAGUUUUUCCACAAAAGAAGUAACUAACAAAUGUGAAAGAACCACAAAGGAAGUUACACUAUCUGCAAAAGUGGACCACCAAGCACUAUCCAAAUUGCUGGACUUUGUGUACUCUGGUUAUCUUCAAGCUGAUGAAGGCAUUGUAAGAAAUUUAAGAGUGCUUGCAAAGUCCUGCAAUAUACAAGCUCUAGUACGACUUCUUUGCAGAAAAAGGCCGAAAUGGGGAGCUCAUAUGCCCAGUGUUGAUUUUACUGCUGCACUUGGACCUGAUGGACAUGCGUAUUCAGACAUCAUCUUGGAAGCUAAGUCAGUUGAAAAUGCAGGAUGGACUUGCAACUGCUGUUCUCUCCCUUCACCUCAUAGCCAUGCUCACAGGGCAAUUUUAAGUGCUAGUUGUGAGUACAUGCGGGCUUUAUUUCAAUCCGGGAUGCAAGACAGUCUAUCGCAGUCCUUAAAAGUACCAGUCAGUUGGGAAGCUUUGCAUAAGUUGGUUAUCUGGAUGUAUUCUAAUCACAUGCCAAAAACUGUUUCUGGCUGUUUAUGGGCUUCUAUGGAUAUACAACAAAAACUGUCGGAGCUUCAGCCUUACAUAGAACUUUGUUGGCUUGCUGAAUUCUGGUUUUUGGACGAUGUUAAGGAAGAAUGCUCAACUGUGGUUAAUAUUUCCCUUGAUUCACCAGAAUUGGCAGUCAAGGUAAUGAAAUUUGCUGCUACUUACUCUCAAUGGGAAUUGGUUGAGAUUGCGUCAAAUAAGAUUGCCCCAGCAUAUCGUAAACUACACAGUUCUGGUGCACUUGAUAUUUUGGAUGAAGCACUCGUGGAAACGAUUCGGUUGGCAUCUAUUCGCCUCCAUCAAGAGUGAUUUUUGUUUUCAUUGUAGAAACGGUUCAACAAUUAUUGGGUUUGUAUGUAUUACUUGCAGUUGAGAAUUUUUCUUUGGUU